ACGCUCGGGCCCCAAACGCUCCAGCGACAGGAGGCGCCGCACCUACUUCCGAAUAUAACCAACUACCGAGCUGGAGAGCGUGACUACGAGGAGGCGGCCUCUAAAGUGCACUGAAAGCGCCCGGCGGGAAGGAUGCGUUACCUGGGUCCCCUCCUCAGGGAGCUGCCGGGCGAGGUGGAGGAUUCCCUCUGAAAGAUUAAAAACUCGGCAGUUGUCUUCUGCCACAGGCUGGGGAGGACCCGAGCAACUGCUCCGUUUGAACUGUGACGACGGGCAGGAGGAUGGGAGACGGGAAUUAAGAGUCACGGACGAAGGACAGGGGAGUCUGGCGUCUGCUUGGUGACCUUAAAGGAUUGCCAUUCAGUGUCAUUCAAGAUCUACUAAGCAUCAUUUUUGCAUGACUACGGCAAAAGGAUAUCUUUACAGAAGCAGUUCCUUUUUGAAGUUUAUAAUCUGGGCCCUGUUUUCAGACAGAAGGAAAGAGAUCCAAAACAAGAAAGAGAGAAAGAGAGAAGAGAGAACUACACAGCUGUAAAUUUCUCCAGAAGGGCAUUCUUUAACGAAGAAACGUCAGAGCUGCUAAAUACACUGGGACUCAGGUGAUCCUAGUCACCAAGGAUGGCCUCCUCUUGGAAACUUAUUCUGUUUCUGUCAGUCACUGGGUGUCUUUCAGAAUACUCUGGAACUCUUCCUAGUCUCUCUACUUCAUAUGCUACUUUGCUAAGAAUUAAGAAGAGUUCAUCUUCAUCCCUCUAUGGUUCAAAGACUAGACCACGAUACAGCAGUCCUCCAUUAGGAACACUGAGUGUUUCUUCACCGAACUGGCGAGGGGCAGCUCAACAUUAUUAUUCCCCCAUCAAUCUUUAUCAUUCCUCAGAUGCCUUCAAACAAGAUGAAAGUGUGGACUACGGGCCAGUGUUUGUGCAAGAACCAGAUGAUAUAAUUUUCCCGACGGAUUCUGAUGAAAAGAAACUAGCACUGAAUUGUGAAGCUCGUGGCAGCCCAGUUCCCAAUUACAGAUGGCUUCGAAAUGGAACAGAAAUAGAUUUGGAAAGUGAUUAUCGCUACAGUUUGAUAGAUGGGGCCUUCAUUAUAAGCAAUCCAAGUGAAGCAAAGGAUUCUGGCCAUUAUCAGUGUUUGGCAGCCAACACGUUUGGAAGUAUUCUUAGUAGAGAAGCUGUACUUCAGUUUGCCUAUCUGGGAAAUUUUAGUGGCCGGACAAGAAGUGCAGUCUCUGUGAGGGAAGGCCAGGGGGUUGUUCUGAUGUGCUCUCCUCCGCCUCAUUCACCAGAGAUCGUCUAUAGCUGGGUAUUUAACGAGUUCCCUUCCUUUGUGGCGGAAGACAGCCGGCGGUUCAUUUCCCAGGAGACAGGCAACCUUUAUAUUUCUAAAGUCCAAACAUCAGAUGUUGGCAGCUAUAUUUGUCUGGUGAAAAACACAGUGACGAACGCUCGAGUACUUAGUCCUCCAACACCACUCACUCUCCGUAAUGAUGGUGUGAUGGGAGAAUAUGAGCCGAAAAUUGAGGUCCAUUUCCCUUUCACAGUUGUAGCUGCUAAGGGAACAACUGUUAAGAUGGAAUGCUUUGCACUUGGCAACCCAGUUCCAACAAUCACAUGGAUGAAGGUUAAUGGUUAUAUUCCUGGUAAAGCACGUCUGCGUAAAUCUCAGGCAAUACUGGAAAUACCCAAUGUGCAGCUGGACGAUGCAGGCAUAUAUGAAUGCCGAGCUGAAAACUCACGUGGAAAAACUUCCUUUCGUGGACAAUUACAAGUAUACACAUACCCACACUGGGUAGCAAAACUGAAUGAUACUCAGUUAGACAGCGGGAGCCCUCUCCGAUGGGAAUGUAAGGCUACUGGAAAACCCAGACCCACAUACCGUUGGCUGAAGAAUGGAGUACCCCUCUUGCUUCAGAGUAGGGUUGAGAUGGUUAAUGGAGUAUUGAUGAUCCACAAUGUGAAUCAAUCAGAUGCUGGAAUGUAUCAGUGUUUGGCUGAAAAUAAAUAUGGAGCCAUUUAUGGGAGUGCUGAGCUGAAGAUCCUAGCUUCAGCUCCCACUUUUACACUGAAUCAACUGAAGAAAACAAUAAUUAUUACUAAAGACCAAGAAAUCAUCAUAGAGUGCAAACCCCAAGGCUCUCCAAAACCAACCAUCACUUGGAAGAAGGGAGACAAAGCAGUUAGAGAGAAUAAAAGAAUAGCUAUUCUUCCAGACGGGAGUCUACGGAUCUUAAAUGCUUCUAAAUCAGAUGAGGGAGAGUACGUUUGCCAAGGGGAAAAUGUCUUUGGUUCUGCUGAAAUCAUAGCUUCCGUUUCUGUGAAAGAACCUACAAGAAUAGAACUUACUCCUAAAAGAACAGAGUUAACAGUGGGAGAAAGCGUUGUCCUUAACUGCAAAGCAAUUCACGAUGCUAGUUUGGAUGUCACUUUCUACUGGACACUGAAAGGACAGCCUAUCGAUUUCGAGAAAGAAGGUGGACAUUUUGAAAGCAUCAGGGUUCAAGCAUCCUCUGCAGAUUUAAUGAUCAGAAACAUCCUUCUGAUGCAUGCUGGGAGAUAUGGCUGCAGGGUACAGACCACAGCAGACAGUGUGUCAGAUGAGGCAGAACUUCUUGUUAGGGGUCCCCCAGGCCCACCAGGGAUAGUGAUCGUUGAGGAAAUCACUGAGAGCACAGCCACACUUUCCUGGAGUCCAGCUACUGACAACCACAGCCCAAUCUCCUCAUACAACUUGCAGGCUCGCAGCCCCUUCUCCCUGGGCUGGCAAACAGUAAAAACAGUCCCAGAAAUCAUAACAGGGGACAUGGAAUCAGCCAUGGCAGUGGACCUGAACCCCUGGGUGGAAUAUGAAUUCAGAGUGGUGGCCACCAAUCCAAUUGGGACUGGAGAUCCAAGCACCCCAUCUCGAAUGAUCCGCACAAAUGAAGCAGUUCCAAAGACAACACCCACCAAUGUAAGAGGAAGAAGUGGAAGAAGGCACGAGUUAGUCAUCGCCUGGGAGCCAGUAUCGGAAGAGUUUCAGAAUGGGGAAGGCUUUGGCUAUAUUGUGGCUUUCCGACCCAAUGGAACACGUGGCUGGAAGGAAAAAAUGGUGACAUCUUCUGAAGCUUCAAAAUUCAUUUAUCGAGAUGAAAGUGUCCCUCCUCUUACUCCCUUUGAAGUGAAGGUUGGCGUUUAUAACAAUAAAGGAGAUGGACCUUUCAGUCAAAUUGUGGUCAUAUGUUCAGCUGAAGGAGAACCCACUGCUGCUCCCACAGAUGUCAAGGCUACAAGUGUGUCUGUGUCAGAGAUUCUUGUUGCAUGGAAACAUAUUAAAGAGAGUCUAGGAAGACCACAGGGAUUUGAGAUUGGCUAUAGGAAAGACAUGGAACAAGAAGAUGCAGCAGAAACCAUCAAAACUAGGGGGAAUGAGUCAUCUGUCAUCCUGACAGGAUUAGAAGGAAAUACAUUAUAUCACUUCACAGUGAGAGCUUAUAAUGGAGCUGGAUAUGGGCCACCUAGCAGUGAAGUGAGUGCAACCACAAAGAAAUCCCCCCCCAGUCAAGCACCUAACAACCUCAGGUGGGAGCAGCAAGGCUCUCAGCUUUCUCUGGACUGGGAACCUGUCAGACCAUUAGCCAACGAGUCUGAAGUCAUGGGCUACAAGGUAUUUUAUAGGCAAGAGGGUCACAGCAACAGUCAAAUUAUUGAAACACAGAAACCUCAAGCAGUAGUCCCGCUCCCUGAUGCUGGAGUCUAUAUUAUUGAAGUUCGAGCAUGCAGUGAAGGAGGGGAUGGAACCGCUAGCUCCCAAAUCAGGGUCUCAUCAUAUUCAGGUGGGAAAAUCACUAGUGCUCAGUCAACCCUCCACACUCUUUCCACGUCCUCGUCAUCAGUAACGUUGCUUUUGGCAUUGAUGAUUCCUUCAACCUCUUGGUGAAAACUACAGACUUAAUUUGCUUUUCUUUACUUUAGCUUGAUAACAGCAGUGAAUAGAGUGUAAUGUAAGUGGAGACCCAGGACCUUGAGAUAAGCGUUAAAAACUUGGAACUACACAUGUUGCACUUACAGGAGGUUGGGGGGAACAUUACUUAUCCGUCAGGUUUCUUUUUGGUUUUUGUAAAUGGAGAGGACAGUUAUUGGUCCAAUAAAAAUAUGCAGAUUGUACGUAAUAAAUUUUGUAAGCAAAGGUAAUUUCUGUCAAAUGUAUUCUUUACUUUUUUAGUAUGUUGGAAUUUGAUUUUAUAUCUGAUGACCCUGAGUGUGUGCCGUCCAUUUGUUAAGCAAGUGGUCUCUAGCAGAUCUGUUUCAAACACAAAUACAAAACUGAGAAUGAAAAAUUUACUUAAGACUCCAAGUCUACUGUUUUUCAUUUUUCCUUUGGCUGACUAUUCCAAUUGACAAAGCAGCAGGAGAUAUAAAAAAAAUACUUCAACUGUGUGGUCCAUUAUAGGAUAAGUACACAAAAAUUUUCUCAAAAAAUAUUGUAUGAUUGCAUCAUGAAAUAGCAAAAUUUGUCAAUAUGCUAUUCUAUAUGCAUCCCUAGAGCAAGUUAUUAGGAUAGGGAAUAAGCCAUUUACAUUAGUGCAAGGUAAAUAGAAAGUAAGUCCAAAUGAACUGAAGUGCUAUUGUUUUUCAUCAAGUACUAUGUUAUCUAGCUGCAAAUAUAGUAAAUGUUUAUUUUUAAUAACAAAAUAUAAAGUCACAAAAAAAUAUAUAUGAUCACUAAAAGCUGAAGAUACUGACAUGCUGCCAAGGGUGCUAACUUGAAAAUGAAAUGAAUAUGGGACAGAGCUUCCCCAUUUCCCCACCUACUGCCAAAAAAGGUGUUGAAUUAGGCCCAAGAUUUUCUUCUAACUGCAAAUAAUUUUAAGGACAAUGAAAAUCUGUUCUGCAAGUAAUUUUGCAUAGAGAUAGUCUAUGGAUUAAAAUGGUUCAAGCAUAAAAAAUGUUGAUUUUUUUUAAAGAGUUCCAUGCAUCACAUGCCAUUAAUAAAAUCUUACCAACUAUUAAAAUAAAGAGGACCUCUUAGAUAAAUUGAUUUUUUUUAAUUAAGCAGUGUGUGGAAACAAGGCCUCAAUACAGGGGCUCAGCUAGUCCAUCUAGCCAUACACUGCUUAGGAGGUAAUACCCAUUUGCUCUUUGAGGACUCAACUUGAACCUAAGUGAUCCUAGAUAGUUGUCGGAAAGUGAGGUGAAAGUUUUCUAUGUGAUAUUUUACAGAUAUUCUAACCAGUAUGAGAACGUGCCAGAGUUCACAUUAGACCCAAGAAGAUUCCUGAAGGGAUAGUUAUUGCAAAGCCAUAUGCCAAAAAAUAGCCUGGAGAAACUACCGUUUUACAGGUGUUGUUAAUAUGAGAACAAAAUGUAGAUUCUUUUCUUUUCCUUUAUAAAAUCUAAACCUGCUAAUUCUAUUCACAUCUUUAACAGCAAGCAAAAUGAAGCAGUAUUGAGCUCAAACUGCCAGCUCUAGAGGCUAAUCCUUGUAGAACCAGAAGAGAGAUUGGAGUUUCUGUUCUGAACAUCCUCAGAAAUUGGGUUCAGAGACACAGAACCACUCUUUGUGUUGGUUACUCAUCUUCUUUGGGGGAGAUUAUGCUCAAGACAACCCUAAACAAACAAGAAGUGAUUUAGAAGACUAUUUUGGUUAAUAGAUUAUUGUAGUAAAUUACCACGGAUGGUGAAUAUCAAAGCCUGUGAAUAUUGACAACCAAGUGGCCUUCCUUGAGUACCUCCUUUGGAGUGGGAGAGGCUGGAUUUUGCAUAUAGAGGGAUGGUAACUGUUUUGCAGGCAAAAUAUGAGUUCCCCCCAAGUAUGGUAUAGCUUGCAGGAGCAGAUUGUGCAUCUGAAAAAACUGCAGCAAGAAUAUUAAAGAAUGGGCAAUAAUUUCUACUUCAUAUUUGAUGAAUAAAAUCAUUUUCUUCAUUUUCCAUGGUGGUUCAUACUAGACUUAGCGGACUUUAAGAAUUGAAUUAUUACUAAAACUCGUAAAACAAAGCCCAAUGAAAUAUAAUGUCAAUACACAGCAAAUUCAAAUUAACCAAUAUUUCUGACUAGCUGAUGGAUGGUGUAUAUCUGACAGAAUAUUUAAAUACAGAAUGUCUGAUAUGUUCUUAAAGGAAUCAGCGAUACAGGAUGUUUUAAAGCAACAUGCACAGAAUAUGUAUUCUGCAUCAUAAACCUAUUAAAAACAGGUUUUAAAAUGUUUAUGUACUUAUGUAUUACAUACUUGUUACUUUGUAGAAAGCAGAGCAGCAUUCCUUAUCAAGGUACAUUAUACUGAGUCAGCUUUUUCUUGGAUGGAAUAGUAACCACACAGUCUUAAAUCACUAAACAGACUGUAGUUUUAUAUAACGUCAGUUGAACUCUGAAGAAAAAGACUCCUCCUAUUUAAAAAUUUCAUGAAAUUGAAUGCCUUGCAUACCCAAAUAAAGGUACUGUGGACCCCAUGUCAAACCGUUAAAUAUAUUGUAUGCAGUCUGUAUAUAUACUAUAUAUAAUGGUAUAUACCAUGUGGAAGGCACAGUCAGAUAAUAGUUCUGUGUACUGUUCUUGUAACAUUAGAUCUUUUUAAUAAAUAAUUCUCUUUUUAUUGUCUUUUA